UGAACAACAAAUUGCUAUUCUGCCUAUGACAUUAUAAGAUUCUUAUCAGGUUGCCAAGCGCUUAGAGAAGUUCAAAACUACAAUCUUCACCCAAAUGAGCUCGCUUGCCAUCAAACAUGGAGCCAUAAACCUUGGACAGGGCUUUCCAAAUUUUGAUGGCCCAGAUUUUGUCAAAGAAGCAGCUAUUCAGGCCAUUAGAGACGGUAAAAAUCAGUAUGCCCGUGGAUAUGGAGUUCCUGACCUGAACUCGGCGGUGGCUGAACGCUUCAAGAAAGACACAGGACUUGUGGUUGAUCCUGAAAAGGAAGUCACCGUCACUUCGGGAUGCACUGAAGCAAUAGCCGCAACAAUGUUAGGCUUGAUAAAUCCCGGUGAUGAGGUUGUCCUCUUUGCUCCAUUCUAUGAUUCCUACGAAGCUACACUGUCCAUGGCUGGUGCUAAAAUAAAAUGCGUCACCCUUCGGCCUCCAGAUUUCUCGAUCCCCAUUGAUGAGCUGAAGUCAUUAGUAUCAAAGAAUACACGUGCUAUCCUGAUGAACACUCCGCAUAAUCCCACAGGAAAGAUGUUCACUCGAGAAGAACUAAAUGCCAUUGCAUCUCUUUGUAUUGAGAAUGAUAUACUGGUCUUUUCUGAUGAAGUUUAUGACAAGUUGGCUUUUGAAAUGGAUCACAUCUCUAUUGCUUCAGUUCCUGGAAUGUAUGAACGGACUGUGACCCUGAAUUCUCUCGGGAAGACGUUCUCACUAACUGGCUGGAAAAUUGGUUGGGCAAUAGCACCUCCACAUUUGACAUGGGGAGUCAGACAGGCACAUUCUUUCCUCACCUUUGCAACAUCCACCCCGAUGCAAUUUGCAGCUGCAACGGCCCUCAGAGCCCCAGAUUCUUAUUAUGAGGAGCUUCGGAGGGAUUACAUGGUGAAAAAGAAUAUCCUGGUCGAGGGGUUGAAGUCGGUAGGGUUCACGGUCUUCCCAUCAAGCGGAACCUACUUUGUGGUGGUGGAUCACACCCCAUUUGGACUGGAAAACGAUGUUGCUUUCUGUGAGUAUUUAAUCAAGGAAGUAGGUGUUGUAGCGAUUCCGACCAGUGUGUUCUAUUUAAACCCAGACGAAGGAAAGAAUCUAGUGAGAUUUACCUUCUGCAAAGACGAAGAGACUCUCAAAAGCGCAGUUGAGAGGAUGAAGGAGAAGCUAUUGAAGAAAUAAUUUGCCUGAUGCUUAAUGCUGUAGUAAUUUCUACCCAUAACCUUAUAUGUACUUUGCAGGGUGUAUGAGCUGGCAACUGUUAAUCUUUUAUUACCUCUAUUUAUUCA